UCCAAAUGAAACAUGUUUCCAGAUUGAAUUUUAUGCUGACCUGCGACCCACCUCUCACUUGACUAGAAGCUUUGCAGACAAUCUCAUAUCACUCUCUCUCCAUUAUAAGUAGGGGGAAGAGGAAGACACUGAGGAGAGCGAGUGAGUGGGUUCAAAUGGGCUGGGCUAUAGCUCUACACGGCGGCGCCGGCGACAUCCCACUCUCGCUACCACCGGAGCGUCGCCAACCGCGUGAAGCCGCCCUACGCCACUGCCUUCAGGUCGGCGUCGAUGCUCUCAAAGCCCAAAAGUCCCCCCUCGACGUCGUAGAACUUGUGGUUCGUGAACUAGAAAACAACCCGCACUUCAAUGCAGGUAGGGGAUCUGUCUUAACCACUGAAGGCACGGUUGAAAUGGAAGCUUGUAUCAUGGAUGGUAAGACGAAAAAAUGUGGGGCUGUCUCUGGGCUCACUACUGUUGUUAAUGCCAUAUCUUUAGCACGGGUGGUCAUGGAGAAAACUCCUCAUAUAUAUCUUGCUUUUGAUGGAGCAGAAAAAUUUGCACGGGAACAAGGUCUUGAAACUGUAGAUUCAAGCAAUUUUAUAACUCCAGAAAACAUUGAGAGGCUAAAGCAAGCCAAAGAAGCUAAUAGAGUUCAGGUUGAUUAUACACAACCAGUCGAGAAAGAAACACCAACUGUACAUGGUGAUAGCCAAAUCGGUACAGUUGGAUGUGUGGCUGUUGAUAAUGACGGAAAUUUAGCUGCUGCAACUUCCACUGGUGGGCUGGUCAACAAAAUGGUUGGUAGGAUUGGGGACACGCCCAUCAUUGGGGCAGGGACAUAUGCCAACAAUCUAUGUGCAGUUUCUGCCACGGGGAAAGGUGAAGCAAUAAUACGUGGGACUGUUGCAAGAGAUGUAUCUGCACUUAUGGAAUUCAAAGGUCUUUCUCUCAAGGAGGCUGCAGCUUAUGUUGUAGAGGAAUGUGUACCAAGAGGCACUGCUGGCUUGGUUGCUGUGUCUGCCAAAGGAGAACUCACGAUGGCUUUUAAUACGACUGGCAUGUUUCGAGCUGCUGCUACUGAAGAUGGGUAUACAGAGAUUGCAAUUUGGCCUUCUUGCUAAACUGAUUGCUUUAGGUGAGUUUCAAUUACUUGAGUCCAAUAAAUUGCUCUUGGUGAUCCCCAGACUUAUUUGGGUUGCUAUCUUAUGAACUGUCCAAUAUUAAAGCAAACACAUUGUUGUGUGGUUACAAAGUUGGGUAAGUUUUGUUUUUUAUUGAAAUUAACAUGGUAGACAACAUUUACCUACUCGCUUACUGGCAUUGUGUAGGUAUGGAAUUGCAUAAUCAAGGUGUCUUGAUGUUUGAGUA